AACCAGCUAAGACAUGUUAGUCACUUAUCAUUCAAAGCCUCCUAAAAAAUAAGCCUAAAGACUAGGAUCGGGCAAAUAAAUUCUAAACUUUGAGUAACAAUUUAGACCAAAGGGAAUAAAAAUUAGCAGUGACCGAUGGCUUCCCAGAAGAAAGUGAUCGUUGUAGAAUCGAAAAGCCUAUUUGACAAGAUGCUCGAGGAUGCAGGACCCAAUAGACACAUCCUUGUCGAGUUUUUUGCCACUUGGUGUGGUCCAUGUGCGAUGAUUGGUCCACGAUUGGAACAAUUGGCGGUGGAAUACAAUAACAGAAUGAUCGUCAUGAAGAUCGACGUGGACGAGAAUGAGGAACUGGCCUUGCAGUACGAGAUUAACAGUAUGCCGACUUUUUUGAUUAUCAAGAAUCGUGUGACCCUCGUCCAGUUCGUGGGUAGCAAUGUGAGUAAAGUGGUCAGCACAGUGGAAAAAUAUGUGGGCAAGCCGGACGAAGUUAAGGACGCUAAAGGGAAAGCGGCCGAAGGAUCAGGGCCUCAAACUGUUGCCAAACUGUAACGAUCUCUGGAAAAUGUUUCUUCGAAAGGGUUUUUUAGUCAGGUCAUCUGCUGUAAUCAUCAAAAUUAAAUUGUGUAGAACGUUCUA